AUGUUUACAAAGAUAUUACAUCAACCAAAGACAGGCACUUUGAUUAGAUAUUAUUCAAAGACAGUGUUGCCACAGACUCCAUGUCCAGAGUUCCCAGGUGAGUACCGUGAGCCAAUCAUCAAGACUGUUAUCCCAGGUCCACAAUCAUUGGAGCUUCAAAAGAAGUUGAACCAAUAUCAAGAUCCAAGAGCCACUCACUUCUUUGCUGAUUACUCUAACUCACGUGGAAACUAUAUUGCUGAUGUUGAUGGUAAUAUAUUGUUGGAUUUAUAUUGCCAGAUUGCAUCGAUUCCAAUCGGUUACAACAAUCCAGAGUUGAUCAAGGCUGCUAAGUCUGACAAGUGGAUCUCAACGAUCAUUAAUCGUCCAUCAUUGGGCGUGCUCCCUCCAAAGGAUUGGCCAGCAUUGAUCCAGAACUCAUUCAUGCAGGUCGCACCCAAGGGCCUCAAGAACGUCUUCACGGCCAUGUGUGGCUCGUGCGCCAACGAGUGCGCCUACAAAGCCGUCUUUAUGCACUACCAGCACAUCAAGCGUGGUGGCGCACCAUUUAGCGAGGAGGAGCUCCAGUCCUGCAUGAAGAACCAGGCACCAGGCUCGCCUGCGCUCUCGAUCCUCUCGUUCAAGAAGGCCUUCCACGGCCGCACCUUUGGCACGCUGUCGACCACUCGCUCCAAGGCCAUCCACAAGCUGGACAUCCCGGCGUUUGACUGGCCCGCCGCAUCGUUCCCCGACCUCAAGUACCCAUUGGAGCAGCACGAGAAGGAGAACAGACAGGAGGAGGAUCGCUGUCUGGCCGAGGUCGAGAAGCUCAUCAAGACAUGGCACAUUCCCGUCGCCGGUCUCAUCGUCGAGCCCAUACAAGCAGAGGGAGGUGACAACUGGGCCUCGCCAUACUUCUUCCAAGGCCUACGCGAGAUCACCCUCAAGCACAACGUGUCAUUCAUCGUCGACGAGGUGCAGACAGGUAUGGGUGUCACUGGCAAGUUCUGGGCGCACGAGCACUGGAACCUUACCACCCCACCCGACAUUGUCACGUUCAGCAAGAAGAUGCAGGCGGCUGGCUUCUACCACAACAUCAACUACCGCCCCUCCGAGUCGUACCGUAACUUCAACACAUGGAUGGGCGACCCCCUGCGCGCACUCGAGCUUGAGGUUGUCAUCGAGCAGAUCAAGAAGAACCACAUCCUGGAGAACGUCACCGUCACGGGCAAGUACCUCAAGAACGGUCUGACCGACUUCCAGAAGAAGUACCCCAAGCUCGUGUCCAACGUGCGUGGAGUCGGCACCUUCCUCGCCUUCGACUUCCCAACGCCAGCCAUCCGUGACCAAGUCGUCGCGUCCCUCCGCGCCAAGGGUGUCGAGACCGGUGGCUGCGGUAACAACGCCAUCCGUAUGCGUCCAAUGCUCAUCUGUCAGCCCAGCCACAUCAACAUCUUCUUUGAUCGUUUCGACGCCACCCUCAAGGAGCUCGCCAACAAGUAA